CAGUCUAUCUGCUCCAGUUUCUCCGGCACAGCAGACGAAGCUGUUUUCUGCUGCUCUCUAUCCCCCAGGUCGUUCUAAGCAAGUGCAGGACAAAACCCACAUCAGCAAGAUGUCUUUCAACAAGAAAACCAGCUACACCGUGAAGUCUUCUUCUUCUGGAUCCAUUCCACGCAGCUUCAGCAGCAUGUCUUACUCCGGUCCCAGCGUCAGCCGGCAGAGCGCCUACAGUGUACGGAGCUCCUACGGAGGUGCCAACCGUGGCAUGGGAUCUGGUAUGGGAGGUGGUAGCUACAUCGGCAGCUCAUCGGCUUACGGCCUCGGUAUGGGCAUGGGAAUGGGCAAUGUGGCACCUAUUCAAGCCGUCACCUUCAACAAGAGCCUCCUGGCUCCUCUGAACCUUGAGAUCGACCCUAACAUUCAAGUUGUCCGCACCCAGGAGAAAGAGCAGAUCAAGACCCUCAACAACCGUUUCGCUUCCUUCAUUGACAAGGUACGUUUUCUGGAGCAGCAGAACAAGAUGCUGGAAACAAAAUGGAGUCUGCUCGAGAAUCAGACGACCACACGUUCCAACAUCGACGCCAUGUUCGAGGCCUACAUCUCCAACCUCCGCAGGCAGCUGGACAGCCUGGACAACGACAAGAUGAAGCUGGAGGCUGACCUGCACAACAUGCAGGGACUGGUCGAGGACUUCAAAAACAAGUAUGAGGAUGAAAUCAACAAACGCACAGAAUGUGAGAACGAGUUCGUGCUCAUUAAGAAGGAUGUCGAUGAGGCCUACAUGAAUAAGGUAGAGCUGGAGGCCAAGCUGGAGAGCCUUACAGAUGAGAUCAACUUCCUCAGGCAGAUCUAUGAGGAGGAGAUCCGUGAGCUGCAGUCUCAGAUCAAGGACACCUCAGUCGUCGUUGAGAUGGACAACAGCAGAAACCUGGACAUGGACUCCAUCGUCGCCGAGGUCCGCGCUCAGUAUGAGGACAUCGCUAACCGCAGUCGGGCUGAAGCCGAGAUGUGGUACAAGAGCAAGUACGAGGAGAUGCAGUCAUCCGCUUCCAAAUACGGUGAUGACCUCAGAUCAACAAAAACAGAGAUUGCAGAUCUUAACCGUAUGAUCCAGAGACUUCAGUCUGAAAUCGACUCCGUUAAAGGCCAGCGUGCCAAUCUGGAGAACCAAAUCGCAGAGGCGGAGGAACGCGGCGAGAUGGCCGUGAGAGAUGCCAAGUCCCGCAUUAAGGAUCUGGAGGACGCCCUGCAGAGAGCCAAGCAGGACAUGGCACGCCAGAUCAGAGAAUAUCAGGACCUGAUGAACGUCAAACUGGCCUUGGACAUUGAGAUCGCCACAUACAGAAAGCUCCUGGAAGGAGAGGAAGACAGACUGGCCACUGGAAUCAAGUCCAUCAACAUCUCAAAACAGAGCACGAGCUACAGCGGUUAUCCCAUGGAAAGUGCAGGCAGCAAUUACAGCAGCUACUCCAGCGGUUUGUCCAGCGGAUACGGCGGCGGGUACAGCAGCGGAGGAUACAGCAGCGGCGGAUACAGCGGAGGAUACAGCUCCGGCAGCGGCUACGGCGACACCGUCUCUCAGACCAAGAAAAGCGUCGUGAUCAAGAUGAUCGAGACCAAGGACGGCAGAGUGGUGUCCGAGUCCUCCGAGGUCGUCCAAGAUUGAGCUCCCUCCCUCCCCAGUUCCGUCUUCCGAACCUCACGCCUUUUCACGCAUUCUUGACCCUUCCUUCCCAACCGUAAUGACUCCAAUCCAAAGCUCUGGCUAGACUGGAAUGCAGUCAUAAACUUAGUUGUAAAGCAAUAAACCAUUCAGUCCGACCAAAGAAUUCCAGAGGGACCAAAUAACCUCUCUACUUUAGUCGUGCCUUAACCCGCAUCACACCUUACACUAAAAAAACACACACGUGCCUUCAGGCCGCUGCUCGGCAAUAACGUCUGAACGCUUUACCUUGCACAACAUGGCCACAUCUGCAGGCUGGAGAACCCUAGAUGUGACACUAACACGAACUAGACAUUUAGCUGAACCGCUUGAAAUGAGAAGUAAUUGAUUCACUGAUUAACUAUGAAGGGAUAUGUUUGCAUUUGCGCUAAAUCACGGCCGUGUUGGUGGCAGAUCAAUGGUUGCCUGUUUAGUAGAGUCUGCCAUUUCAGUGUAUUCUGGUAGAUGAGAAAGAAGUGCCCACUGUGUAUCCUAUGUUUUCCGAGGUGCUGUUUUUGCUAUCAAAAUAAAAGUGUUUACUUAAA